GGUUCCUUCGAAUAUCGAAAUCAGUUGGAUUUUGAACGUGUCGCGGCUUGUUUAUUACUAACGGAAGAGCAAAUAAUAAGAUAUAACGGAAAAAUGUCCUUAUCUAAUUUGUGGUUACAACUGCUCCUGCUUGGCAUGAUAAGCUACGCAUUGGCAAGUGAGUGCACAACGAGAAACCGCAAUGGAACUCAUAGGGUUUGUUGUAUAGGAUACAAACCAUAUGGAAAUGGAUGUAAAGCUUACUGCUCAGAGGGCUGUUUCAAUGGGAAGUGCGUCUUGCCGAAUAAGUGUGCGUGUAACCACGGCUACGUGAAAAAAAAUAAAUCUCGUUGCAUACCACAUUGCGAUAAGUGUACCAGAGGCACCUGCACUGCGCCGAAUGUAUGUAAAUGCAGUACCGACUAUGUGUGGAGCGCAACUGGCGACUGCGUGCCCGUUUGUAAUCCACCCUGCAAAAACGGUGAAUGCAUUGAGCCAAACAAAUGCAAGUGUUUGCCGGGCUAUAAAAAAAAUACCAAAGGUGAUUGUGAGCCAAUGUGUAAAAAUGGCUGCAAGAAUGGUGUCUGUCAAGCGCCAAAUCAGUGCAUAUGCAAAAGCGGCUACAAAAAAGAUGUAAGUGAUCGGUGUCAGCCGAUUUGUGAAAGCGGCUGCGGACAUGGCAUAUGCCGUGCCCCAAAUCUAUGCGAGUGUGUCAAAGGGUACCAAAAAUCAAACAAUAAAACGUGCGUCCCGUUUUGUAUUGAUGAAUGCAUCAAUGGAAAUUGCGUAGAGCCAAAUUUUUGUAAAUGUCAGCAAGGGUACGAAGAAGCGUCGAAAAAUAUUUGCACACCUAUCUGUGAACAACAUUGCGUUAAUGGCAAGUGCAUUGCACCAAACCAGUGCGCAUGUAAUAAGGGCUAUGAAAUGCUAAACGAAAAAUGUACACCAAUCUGCUCCAGUAGAUGUAAAAAUGGUCGGUGCGCUGCGCCAGAAACCUGUGAGUGCAACAAGGGAUAUAUUCUGAGUGCUCCGAACGUCUGCGAUCCAGUGUGUAGCGGUUGUCCGAAUAGUCGCUGCAUUGAACCAGAAAUCUGUGAGUGCAACAAGGGAUAUAUUGUGAAUGCUACAAACGUCUGCGAUCCAGUGUGUACAAGCGGUUGUCCGAAUGGUCGGUGCGCUGCGCCAGAAACCUGUGAGUGCAAUAAGGGAUACAUUCUGAGUGCUCCGAACGUAUGCAAUCCAGUUUGCACCAGCGGUUGUCCGAAUGGUCGGUGCGCUGCGCCAGAAACCUGUGAGUGCAACAAAGGAUAUAUUCUGAGUGCUCCGAACGUAUGCAAUCCAGUUUGCACCAGCGGUUGUGCGAAUGGUCGGUGCGCUGCGCCAGAAACCUGUGAGUGCAACAAGGGAUAUAUUCUGAGUGCUCCGAACGUCUGCGAUCCAGUUUGCACCAGCGGGUGUCCGAAUGGUCGCUGUAUUGAACCAGAAACCUGUGAGUGCAACAAAGGAUAUAUUCUGAGUGCUCCGAACGUCUGCAAUCCAGUUUGCACCAGCGUUUGCACCAGCGGUUGUCCGAAUGGUCGGUGCGCUGCGCCAGAAACCUGUGAGUGCAAUAAGGGAUACAUUCUGAGUGCUCCGAACGUAUGCAAUCCAGUUUGCACCAGCGGUUGUCCGAAUGGUCGGUGCGCUGCGCCAGAAACCUGUGAGUGCAACAAAGGAUAUAUUCUGAGUGCUCCGAACGUAUGCAAUCCAGUUUGCACCAGCGGUUGUCCGAAUGGUCGGUGCGCUGCCGCAGAAACCUCGGUUGUCCGAGGUCGGUGCGCGCCAGAAACCUGUGAGUGCAACAAAGGAUAUAUUCUGAGUGCUCCGAACGUCUGCAAUCCAGUUUGCACCAGCGGUUGUCCGAAUGGUCGGUGCGCUGCGCCAGAAACCUGUGAGUGCAACAAGGGAUAUAUUCUGAGUGCUCCGAACGUAUGCAAUCCAGGUGCACCAGCGGUUGUGCGAAUGGUCGGUGCGCUGCGCCAGACCUGUGAGUGCAACAAGGGAUAUCGUCUGAGUGCUCCGAACGUCUGCGAUCCAGUUUGCACCAGCGGUUGUCCGAAUGGUCGGUGCGCUGCGCCAGAAACCUGUGAGUGCAAUAAGGGAUACAUUCUGAGUGCUCCGAACGUAUGCAAUCCAGUUUGCACCAGCGGUUGUCCGAAUGGUCGGUGCGCUGCGCCAGAAACCUGUGAGUGCAACAAGGGAUAUAUUCUGAGUGCUCCGAACGUAUGCAAUCCAGUUUGCACCAGCGGUUGUCCGAAUGGUCGGUGCGCUGCGCCAGAAACCUGUGAGUGCAAUAAGGGAUAUAUUCUGAGUGCUCCGAACGUCUGCGAUCCAGUUUGCACCAGCGGUUGUCCGAAUGGUCGGUGCGCUGCGCCAGAAACCUGUGAGUGCAACAAAGGAUAUAUUCUGAGUACUCCGAACGUCUGCGAUCCAGUUUGCACCAGUGGUUGUCCGAAUGGUCGGUGCGCUGCGCCAGAAACCUGUGAGUGCAACAAGGGAUAUAUUCUGAGUGCCAAACGUAUGCGAUCCAGUUUGCACCACGGUUGUCCGAAUGGUCGUGCGCUGCGCCAGAAACCUGUGAGUGCAACAAAGGAUAUAUUCUGAGUCUCCGAACGUCUUCGAUCCAGUUUGCACCAGGGUUGUCCGAAUGGUCGGUGCUGCGCCAGAAACCUGAGUGCAACAAGGGAUAUAUUCUGAGUGCUACAAACGUAUGCGAUCCAGUUUGCACCAGCGGUUGUCCGAAUGGUCGGUGCGCUGCGCCAGAAACCUGUGAGUGCAAUAAGGGAUAUAUUCUGAGUGCUCCGAACGUCUGCGAUCCAGUUUGCACCAGCGGUUGUCCGAAUGGUCGGUGCGCUGCGCCAGAAACCUGUGAGUGCAACAAGGAUAUAUUCUGAGUACUCCGAACGUCUGCGAUCCAGUUUGCACCAGUGGUUGUCCGAAUGGUCGGUGCGCUGCGCCAGAAACCUGUGAGUGCAACAAGGGAUAUAUUCUGAGUGCUACAAACGUAUGCGAUCCAGUUUGCACCAGCGGUUGUCCGAAUGGUCGGUGCGCUGCGCCAGAAACCUGUGAGUGCAACAAAGGAUAUAUUCUGAGUACUCCGAACGUCUGCGAUCCAGUUUGCACCAGUGGUUGUCCGAAUGGUCGGUGCGCUGCGCCAGAAACCUGUGAGUGCAACAAGGGAUAUAUUCUGAGUGCUACAAACGUAUGCGAUCCAGUUUGCACCAGCGGUUGUCCGAAUGGUCGGUGCGCUGCGCCAGAAACCUGUGAGUGCAACAAAGGAUAUAUUCUGAGUGCUCAAAACGUCAAGGAUAUCUGUGUUGCCAGCAUUCCUGCCGGAACUGAAUUUCUGAAAUCUUUUCGAUCGUACAUCAUACUCGGAGUGCUUUCGCUACCACUGGCGUUUUUAGUGUUGUUUUUUCUUUGUCGUAUUAGUUGUGAAAACACUUACAAUGUGGCGAAAAGAGAAAACCAGGUUGGACUAAAAAACAUGUCGCGGAAUGUGGACGUUGUACGAAUUCCUUAGUAAAAAGUGGUUGCGGAUGUGUAUAUGUGUAUAUUUCAACGUUGAUAUUCAAAAUAGUCGUCAUAUUUAUAAUUAAGUAGUAUAGGUAAAGAAGCAAAAUUAAAGUGUUAUAAAAUAUUGUUACAAAUGUAUCAGUUCAAUAUUCUAAGCACAGUUAAACUGUGGUAAAUACAUAUAAUUUUUAUUUACAGAGGCUCACGCCUUUCUCCUCUACAACUUCAAUUUAAAUAGGUAUUAAGCAGAAUCAAUCAGAUCUUUUUGGUGCAAACUGUAUUUAAUUAGGGUACUCUUUAAACAUAAGACGGUUAAUAUUAAACCCUAUGAGUAAACACUCAUUUUCAAUUACAUAAUUUUCUUAAAACUAAUAAA